AAUCCACCUCUCCUCCCUCGCCUCUCUCACCUUCGUCUUCUCCCGCUCCGAAACGCUUGCAAGAGAAGAGAAGAGAGAGAGAUGAGCACUUACUACAACCAGAAUCAUCCGCCGGUCGGCGCCCCUCCCCCGCAAGGGUACCCGAAAGUCGAAGGCUAUCCUCCUCCAGGGUAUCCGGCGCAGGGUUACGCGCCACAGGGGUAUCCUCCACAGGGAUAUCCUCCGCAGCAAGGAUAUGGCCAGCCGGCCCAGCCCUACUACGAGGAGCAGCGCCGUCGGAAGGACACCGGCUUUCUUGAAGGAUGCUUAGCGGCACUUUGCUGUUGCUGUCUGCUGGAUGCGGUUUUCUGAGGUGGGCUCGAGGCAACGGCGCGGAUUUAGGGGAAAGAUCGUUCUGGUUUCCAUCUCUGCCGGUUGGAUGGCGGAGUUAGUGUCGGGAACUAUCAGGAUGAUUUGGCUGUGAUGUCUUUAGUUAUUGAACGAUCUCUGUUGAAUCGUUGAUGUAUAUAUCUGGAGACUAUUGUUACUUUUCUUAUUCACGGAUUAUGAGACAUGUGCCUUUUCUGAGCUCGUUUGAUUUA